AUGGGGCAUAUAGAAGAGGAGGAUUUUUCGAAUGUUGAUUACAAAUCACGAUGCGAUAUAUUAGUUAAAACGGAUUGUCGAAGUAUACAAAUCUCUUGUCCGGAAGAGAUAUUCGAAAUUUUAAAUGCGAAACGGAUCAACUUAAGGGUAUCGAACAAUAAGAGUUUAACGGUCACCGCACGAUGCAACCACGAAUACAAAAAUGCUCCGUUUGUGGACACAGUUCAUUAA